AUGGGUCUGGGAAUUCUUCCCGAUAGUCACCUCACCGAUGUUCCAGGCACAUCUUUCCUCAGCGAGAAGGGCUUACCUGGCAGCUUAGAAGAGGCUACUAUCACCGCAGAGAAUCACACCAGUCUCAAACACGAUCCAACUGGCAAGAUUGUUCUUGUCCCUCAGCCAUCAAAUGAUCCCAAUGACCCCCUCAAUUGGCCUGCAUGGAGAAAGCACAUGUUUACUGUUUCAAUCGGCAUUGGCUGCGGUGUUGUAGGCGCCAUAGGACCCCUUCUUGGCCCGGCAAUGGUUCCCCUUGCUGAGGAAUUCGGUGUACCUCUCCAGAGAUUCACUUUGGGUUUCACCGGCUCUCUUCUCAUAUCCUUGGCAUUCGGUAACCUGUUCUGUAACUCGUUGGCCAUGGUUGUCGGCAAGCGGCCAGUCUACCUCAUCACUGCAGUAGGCUUGCUGGUCACAACUGUAUGGAGCGCAGUGGCCAAAGACUUCAUCUCUCUCGCUGUCUCCCGCGGUAUCCAAGGCUUCUGCAUGUCUCCGAUGGAGGCUCUGGUCCCGGCAUCAAUUUCUGAUGUUUGGUUUGUCCAUCAAAGAGGUCUUCAGAACGCCAUCUUCAAUCUCGGUGUACUUGGGGGCAUCAACCUUGCUUCGCCGAUUGCUGGUGCUAUCAUCAACGAAUAUGGAUACAAAACCUGUCUCUGGAUCAUGGCUGGUGCCUUUGGUGUUCAGCUUUUGCUUACCAUCUUCUUUAUGCCUGAGACAACAUACAAGCGCAAUACCGACCCAGGUGUCCUGGACACUCCAAUUCAGAAACUAUCGACUAUUGAUGAGAAGAAGGAAUCAGUAUCAGAGGUUGAAAACACUAUCACAUCCCAAGGCAAUACUACCAUUCCAUCAAAGCAUUCUUUCCUAUAUGAACUCCGACCCUGGAGCGGUUUUUACGAUUCGUCUGGCUUUCUGUAUAGUAUUUACGCACCAUUCAAAAUGCUCGGUUCUCCGGUGGUCAUUUGGGGAUGUUUCCUACUGACUAUUUGCCUGAAUUGGUUGGUUCUGCUCGCCAAUACUCAAUCUCAAAUCUUCAGUGGACCUCCGUACAACUUUUCUGUCGCCCAGGUGGGAUUGACGAAUCUUUCAUCCUUUGUUGGGACGUUUAUCGCAACAGCACUGGCAGGUCUGAUAGUAGAUGGCCUGGCCAAGUUUAUGGCGGGAAGAAAUAAUGGUGUCUACGAGCCAGAGUUUCGUCUUCCAAUUAUUGCACUGCUUGCCACCCUCAGUGCCAGUGGAUUCUUCGGCUGGGGCCAGAGUCUCUCCAAGGGUGAACCAUGGCCUAUCCCUGUCAUCCUCUGUCUAGGGCUUAUCAAUGUUGGAAUUCAAUUGGGAAUCGUCGGUGUUGUGUCCUACGUGGUUGACUCCCAUCGUCACGAGGCUGUCGAAUCUUAUGCCAUAAUGAGCUUCGCCAAGAAUAUCUUUGGCUUCGGUAUGACCUUUUACAUGAACGACUGGAUCGCACUUCAAGGUGUGAGGGACGCCUUUUUUGUGAUUGGUGGAAUUACGAUUGGUGUUAGUAUGGCUACGAUUCCUAUGUAUAUCUUUGGGAAGAGAGCGCGCAGCUUUGCAUUUCGCAAUGGCUUCCUUGCAUAA